UUUAAUCUAUAAGCACUUAUUAUAAUGGCUGUUGAUGGAAGAUAUAUUUUCAUAGGUUUUGACGUUCUUAUAGCUAUAGGUUGUUGUCUGGGCAAUCUGCUGGUGAUAUGGGCCGUGUGGAAGAGCGGAGCUCUAAAUCAACCCACCUUCUGUUUGAUCGUAUCACUGGCGAUGGCUGAUUUUUUGGUUGGAUGUGUGGUUGUUCCGCUAGCUGUAGUCGAGGUGCUCAACAUUGAAAUGUCUUUCCAUGCAUGUCUCUUCAUAAAUUGCGUUCUCAUUGUACCGCUUCAAGCCUCAGUGCUCACCCUCCUGGCUGUUGCUUUGGAUCGAUACCUAAGAGUUUGUAUUCCCUUUAGGUAUAAGUCUACAGUAACUAAAAGACGCUCUUGGGUUCUCGCUGCUGUGUGCUGGAUGUUGGCGUGUCUGCUCGGCUUCUUACCAAUGUAUGGAUGGUACAAUCAUGACCCUUUGAAACACAACUCCACAUUAAAGUGUGAAUUUAAAGCCGUCAUUUCCCUUUCAUACCUGGUCAACUUUAUUUUCUUUGGUAUCUUUAUUCCUCUGUUGGCCAUCAUGGUUGCUUUGUAUUGUUACAUCUUUUUUAAAGUUAGAUGGCUGAAGGGAAAGACGGGUAUUGCUGAAUCUGGUGCAUAUAACCAUAAGGAACACAAACUGGCCGGCUCACUGGUUUUAGUUUUGGCUCUGUUUGUUGCAUGUUGGCUUCCGUUACACAUCAUGCACGUUAUUGAUUUCUAUAAUUUCCCUAGUAUACAAGUGCCUUCUGAUGUCAUUUAUUUUGGUGUCAUAGUAUCUCAUGUUAACUCAGUGGUCAAUCCUGUUGUAUACGCCCUGAGGAUACCUAAGAUUAAGGCGGAGUUCAGGAAGAUUUGGAGAAGCCUGAUUGGCCCACAGCAGCAGACUACAGAGUCAUUGGAGAUAUAAAGUUACAGUGAAAGUCAAUCAGGUUCAGGUCUCAUCAGAUAUGCUGUUUUGAUCUCUUGUUGUUAAUGUGAUGUCACACUGAUAAAGGC